GCAACGCCGGGGUGGCGGGGCACGUGUAGAAGACGCCGCUCGUGAGACGCGGCCGGUGAUGGAGGCCUGCACCUCGGCUCGCUCAGCUGAUCCCGAGUGACUCGUUAUCAAUCACACAUACGCGUAUUGUGCGAGGCGACCUGCGAGACGGCGAAAGGCGACGAUGAUGUCUCUCGAGAGGACGCGGCGCCGACGGGAGGUGACCGGACCCGGCGUGCACACGGUCGCCCUGCGAGAGCGCGGUUCCAGGGUCAUGCCGGCGCUCAGCGCACAGGCAAGCGGGCGCUGGCGGCAGCAGGCGCGGGAAGACGCGCUGGCGCUCGUGCAGGCCGACAAGCUCGCGCGCGUCAAGGGCGAGUGGGAGCAGCGGAGCGAGCAGCGGGCCACGCGCUCCGCAGUGGACCGCCACCUCUACACCGCCAUGCAGGGCCUCAGUCUGUCUCUGCAGGACCGCCGAGAAAGGCUGACCAAGCUGCUGGAAGAGGAGGAAAGCGGCUAUCUGGAGGAGUUGCAGCGCACGCAGGAGACCACGCUGGAGCGGCAGGCUCGCAUGCGCGAGCGUGCCAAGGCCCUGAGGGAGCAGCGCGAGUGUGAGCGGCAGCAGCUGGUCACGCAAAAACUGGAUCAGCAGUUUCGAGAGCAGAGCGAGGAGCUUCGCACCGUCCUGUCACGCUGGCACCAGGACCAGGUGUGCACCGAGCGGCACGUGCAGCUGGCGGAGCGUGACGCCGCGCGGCAGCGGGAGCACCAGGAGGAGAGGCUCUUCGCCGAGCUCUGGGAGCGCGACCGCUUGGCCAAGACGGAGCGCGAGGAGAGGCAGGCGCUGGAGCGUGCCGAGAGCAACCGCGAGAGCUUGCAGGCGCUGCAGCAACAACGGGCAGCUGUGCAGGAGCAGAGAGAGCAAGCGAAACGACUCAAACAGGAGGAGGCUGAGCUCAUGAGGGAGCAGCGGGAGCUUUGCAAGGUGGAGGAGGAGCGCGCCCAGCAGGACAAGCAACGGCAGCGACAGCAGACGCGAGCCAUGCUGGACUCGUCUGUGCGGUUCAAGUUGCAGCGGCUGGCACGCGAGCGGCAGGAGGAGAUGGAUUUGGACAUGAGGCUCCUAGAGCAGAUGGUGCAGACGUCGAGCAACGAGAGCCAGGACCAGCAGCAACGCAAGAUGGAGCUGCGCAAGGAGCAGCAGCUGUACCGUCAGCACUUGGCCCAGCAAGCAGAGGAGGAGCGGCAGUGCGCACGCGAGAUGGAGCGCCUGAUGGGGGCCGAGUUGGAACGCAUGUGGCGCCGGCGCGAGGAGCAGUGGCGCCUGGAGAAGGAGGCGCGCAACCGCCUCUUCAAGGACGUCAUGGACGCACGGAAGCAGCAGAUCCAGGAGAAGCUGGACUGCAAUUCGCAUAAGCAGCAGGAGCUGAUCCAAGAUCAAAAGCUGAUGGAAGAAGCUGCGAAAGAAAGCAAACGGAUUGAGGAAGAGCAGCAAGCCAGGGUGAAGAGCGCGAACUGGGAGCAUCAGGCGGCACUGCGGUCUCAGAUAGAGCACCAGCAGAGAGUGCACGCAGCCGAGCGCCAGGCGGCACAGCAGGAGCACGAGCAGACGUUGCUGGCCCAGGCCGCCUACCAGGAGAAGCUGCACUACAUCCUUUCCCGGCCAGAGUCGGGGAGCAAGCUUGUGCACCCUCUGCGCAGGGUGCAGUCACCGUUCACGCCUCACGGAGGAGGCUCGGCAUAGAGCCGGAGCGAAUAUACUUACAGCUCGGUGCCUAACCACGCACACAUUCAGUGAGACGUGGCGAGGUGCCCGGGUGGGUCAAGAGGUCAGAGCGCUGAGUUGGUACCGUUGACAUUCUGGGUUCAAAUCUGCGAUGAGGCCCGGGUUUGUGAUUGUUAGUGAUUUAAUGGUCUCAGAUUAUUCAGCAAUGACCGCACACACAAAAGAAACCCAUCAGAUUACAUUUUUGCACUGAGCUUAAUUUGGAUAAAUUCCAGCUCGGAAAAUGGCCUUUUUUUUGUCAUGUGACAAACAAUACUCUGUGUGGCAGGGUGGGUGAGAAAGUGCUGCCCCUUAGUCUGUGGACCAGGGGUCACUUGAAGGGAGUUUUGAGGUAGGUCUGUGAUAUCCGCUUCCGUGGGCCAUUCACUGCACUGCUCUGAGAGCGAUCCGAAUGGAUGUAUGUUGAACUUCUUUCACACCGUACAUAGACAAACUGUGCUGAUCCUCUCAUGCCUUGAUAUCCAUAGCACAAUUUGGGUAAAAUUGGGGGGGUAAAUGAAAAAAAUUGUGGGACAUCGUGUACCUGGUGAAGAGUCAUGGUUCUAGUUUGAGGAGGGAAUAGACUGCCUUGGGUUCUUACAGUCUCAAGAUCACAUUUCUUUGCAGGUGGUUUAGGUUAAAUAAAAUCCGUCAAUGGCUUCAUCAGAUCUUCCUAUACCAGAAGGAAAUACAUUAUCGCGAAUUCACAGUACAGUGUGUAAAUUUAUUAGGAGCAACCCAUUGCACUCAUGAAAAAUUUCCAACUUUCGCUCGAUGGUUUAUGUACUGCUUUGUCAAUUUUGAAAUAAAUACUUCUGGUAGUUUUUCUCACACCCAA